AAAUUAAAUCAAGCGUUGUUCGUGUAGGGCAAAACUCUCGGUCCCAAUUAAUCGAAGAUGGCGACACUCAUGGGAUUAUUCUGUUUCAUAUCAGUGGCCUUUGGCCCUAGUGUGAUUUCGGCGCAAGCUAUUAUCGCUGGUCAAGCCGACAGGCUUCUCAGGCAAGUUAAUACCAUGGUUGAAACAGUCAAUGAGGAUUCUGCGACGUAUAAAAAUGAGCUGCAAGGACUUUUCGACAAAUUGAGCGAAACUGCUGCCUCAAAUUUGGCAACGAUUGACGGCACCGUGAAGGAAUUCAAUGAUAACUUCGAAGCGGCGCUGGGAUCGCUUUUGGAUAGCGUACAGCCUUCCGAAAACGUGAAUUCGUGCACCGAUUUUGCCGCACCAUUGAGGUUAAGAUCGGACGGAAUUCUCGAUGAAGCCGAACCCUGUAUGGAAAGAGAAGUGAGGCAGGCUUCGGCAGAGAAAGCGAUCACCGAGUUCUACGUGAACUCGCAGCUGAGCACUCUCGACUACAUGCAAUCAAUGGCUCAGAACUGCAUGACGUCAUACGAGAACAGCGAGCAAACAGCAUCCGACGCGUCUCAAGCUUUCGCCUGCGUUCAGAUAAUUCACAUGUCGGUCAGCAGCCUGGUCGUCAGGUUCGAAUUGGUCAUCGACAUCGCAGUUUCCAGGUCCCUGUACGACGGCUACCAAAGCCGAGUGGCGGCUUGUGCAAAUACAGCCAGCAGUGGAAUCACAGCCUUGAUUUCCGAUGCGGCGAUCGUUUAUGACAAUAUCGAUGCCUGCAUCAGAGCCUGAGCUUUUUUCUUUCAGGAUCAGAAAGGGCGGUUAUUAUUUUGUGACAGCCCCAUCAAGAUGAGCAUGACGAAUAGAACUCGAGAAAUAAAACAAAAAAUUUUAUCACAAA